GUUUGACAGGUAGGUUUUAUCUAGGUUGUUCUUGUUUUCAGUCACACUUAGGCUGUCCCCGAAUAUGGAUGUGGAGGGCGAGAGGCCCCCAACCGGCCGCACCAGGUACAAGAUGGAUAAAGCAUUCUUGAGAAAACGCGUACCUCCCAGGGCGCCGAAGGAAGAAGGAGACAUAUACGUCACAAACAAGUCCAACUUCAAGGGGCAGAUUUCCCAGUGUACGAAGCUCAUAGAGUCAGUUGGCUACGUCUGCAUGCACGGCUUGGGUGCCGCAAUACCCAGGACAAUCAACCUAGCACUACAGGUAAAGGAGAAAUUGGGCGAGCGGUUCAUCAUGGACGUCAAGACAUCUACAGUGAGGAUAACAGACGAUUUUGAAGGAUUGGACGAAAUGACUGAGUCAAAAAGGGACAACUCGGCGAUACACGUUCGCAUCUACAACCCCGAGGAUUCGUGAUUUCCUCUGUAAAUAAUUAUUUUUAUUGUUUAAACUGCUUGUACAUAAAGAUAUUCUUUAAGUAUUUA